CAUAUCAUGGCUUCUUCAAUGGUGAAUGGCAAUGCCAACGGUGGUGCUACGUUGAUUGCUGAUGGGAUGCCGGAGGCCUUGAGGCAAAGCCAUAACUAUAUGAAGAGAUGCUUUGGGAAGUUUGUGGAGAAGGGGAAUAGGAGCUUGAAGGUCAAGCAAUUGAUCGAGGAGAUGGAGCUUGUCGUUGAGGAUAAGACCGAGAGGAAUAGGGUCAUGGAGGGUGUGCUCGGUCUUAUGCUCACUUCUACUCAGGUAGCAAUAGCCAUUCCUCCGUAUGUUGCAUUUGCCAUACGACCAGAACCGGGAUGUUGGGAAUUCGUUGAAGUCAACUCUCUCGAUCUCUCGGUCAAAUCUCUCACCCCAGCUGAAUUUCUCAAGUUAAAGGAGACGAUUUAUGACGAAGAAUGGGCAAGUGAUGAAAAUGCAUUGGAAGUGGAUUUUGGAGCCAUUGAAUUCACAACUCCUCACUUAACCAUUCCCUCAUCAAUUGGAGAAGGCCUUAGUUAUACCACAAAGUUCCUCACCUCAAAGCUUAGUGGAAAGUUGGAAAAUUCACAACCUCUUGUGGAUUACUUGUUGUCCCUUGAUUAUCAAGGAGAGAAACUUAUGAUAAACGAGACUCUGAACACAGCUUCCAAGCUCCAAAUGGCACUAAUUCUCGCUGAUAUUUUCCUCUCCGUACUUCCUCCCGACACCCCUUACGAAAACUUCUAUCUCAAAUUCAAGCAAUGGGGCUUUGAGAGAGGAUGGGGAGAGUGUGCAGGAAGAGUAAAGGAAACCAUAAGAUGUUUGUCUGAAAUAUUCCAAGCUUAUGAUCCAAUCCAAAUGGAGAAGUUCUUCAGUAGACUUCCUAAUCUUUUCAAUGUUGUCAUUUUGUCUCCUCAUGGAUACUUUGGUCAAGCUGAUGUUCUUGGUUUGCCCGAUACCGGAGGCCAGGUUGUGUACAUUCUUGAUCAAGUUAAAGCUAUGGAAGAAGAACUUGUUCUUAGAAUUAAGCAACAAGGCCUCGAUUUCAAGCCUCAAAUUAUUAUCAUUACAAGACUUAUACCGGAUGCUAAGGGGACUAAGUGCAACCAAGAAAUAGAACCUGUUCUGGGCACUAAUUACUCCAAGAUUGUAAGGGUACCCUUUAGGACUGAAAAGGGUAUCCUUCGUCGUUGGGUUUCUCGUUUCGACGUUUACCCUUUUCUCGAGAAGUUCGCGCAGGAUGCCACUACCAAAGUACUAGAACUGAUGGAAGCAAAGCCAGAUCUAAUCAUUGGAAACUACACUGAUGGGAAUCUAGUGGCAUCACUCAUGGCCAGCAAACUAGGAGUAACUCAAGGCACCAUUGCACAUGCCUUGGAGAAAACAAAGUAUGAAGAUUCAGAUCUUAAGUGGAAGGAAUUGGACUCUAAAUAUCACUUUUCAUGUCAGUUUACAGCUGACAUUCUUGCUAUGAAUGCCACUGAUUUUGUGAUAGCAAGCACAUUCCAAGAGAUAGCGGGAAGCAAGGAGAAGCCGGGGCAAUAUGAAAGCCACGAGGCGUUUACGCUUCCGGGACUAUGUCGAAUCGUGUCGGGAAUCAAUGUAUUUGAUCCUAAGUUCAACAUUGCAGCACCUGGAGCGGAUCAAUCAGUCUAUUUUCCUAACACGGCGAAAGAACAACGAUUCGUGUCGUUUCAACCCGCGAUUGAGGAACUUCUUUUUAGUAAAAUUGAGAACAAUGAACAUAUAGGAUAUCUAGCUGAUCGGACAAAGCCGAUUGUCUUUUCGAUGGCACGGCUCGAUAUCGUCAAGAACAUCACCGGGUUGGUCGAAUGGUUUGGGAAGAAUGAAAAGCUGAGAAAUUUGGUGAAUCUUGUAGUGGUUGGUGGAUUCUUUGAUCCUUCAAAAUCAAAAGAUAGAGAAGAAAUUGCAGUGAUAAGAAAAAUGCAUGAAUUGAUUGACAAAUACCAACUCAAAGGUCAUAUCAGGUGGAUAGCAGCACAGACCGAUCGACGUCGUAACGGGGAACUAUACCGAUGCAUCGCCGACACGAAAGGAGCGUUCGUGCAGCCUGCUCUGUAUGAAGCUUUUGGUCUCACAGUCAUUGAGGCAAUGAAUUGUGGCUUACCAACUUUUGCUACAAACCAAGGUGGUCCAGCUGAGAUCAUAGUUGAUGGCAUCUCUGGCUUCCAUAUUGACCCGAACAAUGGCGAUGAAUCGAGCCGAAAGAUCGCUAACUUCUUCGAGAAGUGCAAGAAGGAUCAAUCGUACUGGAACGAGAUUUCGAACCGGGGUCUGCAACGGAUCGAUGAAUGCUAUACUUGGAAAAUAUAUGCAAAGAAGGUGCUGAAUAUGGGUAGCACUUACACUUUUUGGAGGCAAUUGAAUAAGGACCAAAAGAAGGCAAAGGAAAGAUACAUUCAACUGUUCUAUAAUCUGCUUUUCAAGAACUUGGUGAAGACCGUGCCGAUCGCCGUCGACGAACCUCCACAGCCUGCAAAACCACAGCUACCCCAAAACUCGAAGCGCACGCAAUCUCGGGUUCAAAAGUUUUUUGGAGCAGAAAAAGGUGUAAGCUAAGCAAGAAAGCUUUUUUCAGAGUGUUUCCUAUCUACAUAUAAUAUGUAUUCUCAAGCAAUCAUAAUGUAUCCCUUUUCCUUAUUAUAUUGAACAACACAAUAAUUUCAAUCUUCUAUGGUUAAUUCGAGUAUAGCUCGUAUUGUAGCU